AUGGAGAAUAUCGCCAGCCGAGAUUUAGCUGGAAUGGAAUUGAGUCUUCCGUUAAAACCAAGUCGGUCUGAGAAUGAGUGUAUUUCACGAAUAAAAAAAUGUACACUUAUCUUCAGGGUAACAUAUAAGGAUGGUGGUGCUUUGACCGGCGGGAUUUUUCUAAUCCUGGACACUGGAUCGUUCUUCACAUAUCUUCCGGCGCGAUUGGUUAACGAUCUGAUAUCCAAAACUGGGGCAAGGCCAUCUGGAAAGGACUACAUUGUUGACUGCCACUCAAUCGAGAAGAUGCCAACACUGGUAUUCCAUUUCACUGACUUCCAAAUAGCCUGGAAUCCGUCGCAAUAUGUUGAUCAGGCGAGUUUAUGCAGAACUUCCCGCUAUCGGUUUCGCCCUUCUUGGGGCUCAUCAGGUUGGCACAGUUUUCGAGUUUCUGUCAACCCUGCGUUCUACUUGUACCAAAAUUAUACGCUACUGGUGAACUUUACUCGUCUGCAAACAAAUGUAUCACCAAUCUACUGUCGGUUAACGAUCCAUCCCACACCACCAGGUCACAUGGCAGACGGGAACCUUGGAAUAUCGUUUCUGCGACAUUUCGCUACGGUAUUCGACAUGGACAAUGAACAAGUGGGAUUUGCCAAACUUCCCAUAAGCUGGUUUGACGAUCAGCCCCCGGUAGUUGAAAUGAAUUGUGAUUUUUUGGUCAGGAAACAUCGAGCUACCGCGCUCUUAGUCGAAACGUUUUGCUUUGCUGUGGACCUAAUUGUUCUUCUGGGUCCGCCAGACACCGUCAACCAUUUAUGCUUUGUUUUCAAGUGA